AUGGCCCCCACAUGCUGGGAGGUCAUGCCAAAUUUUGAUACCAUAACUGUAAUGAAGGGAUUGAAGAAAAAGGAAAGGAUGCACUUGGUGAAGGUGAUAGUAGGUUUUGCCGACCAGAGUGCACAGACCAAUACAAAUGUUGGGGGCAUAUUGGGACUGGUUACUUCUUGUCGCUGCAGAAAAAUUACAGUAAAAAAGAAAUUUAAGAAUGGAGAUGAAAAUGUCAUUAAGUUCCUGUACUCUGGCAAUGAUUAA